AUGGCCGACUCAAACAUCCACCAUAAUCCAGACCCAGCUCUCGAGCCCUCCCACCAACAUCACCACCAACAUCAUCACCACUCUCCCCGCGUCGACACCCCCGGCCACGAUGAUCCCGUCUACACAACCGGCACCACAGACGCGCCCGGCGUAGUCCCUCCCCAGCGCCACUCCCACGAGAAAGAAAAAACUGGCGUGCAUACUCCUCCUGACUACAGCGACCACGAGAAGCACGAAGCUGGCGUCGUCGACGAAUCCGCCCGCGCAAACUCCCACUCUCACUCUGACAGCCCCGCUGUCGUCGGCUGGCGCAGGCGUCUCGGCCCUGUAUAUCGCUACCGCCGCCCUAUAAUCCACCUCAUUAUCUUCUGCCUCUUCACCGGCUGGUGGAUCGCUUCUCUCGUCCUGCACCGCGACGACAAGAACUGGGUCGUUCCCUUUCUCUUGUGGCUCGCCAUCACCCUGCGUCUCAUCUUCUUCCACGUCCCCAGCCGUCAUGUCUCCAACGUCAUCAAGAAGGUCUGGCUCAACACCGCUGUCAGGGUGUACGACCUCAUCCCCGCUCAUCUGCGCACCCUCGCUGGCGCUACCGUCACUGUAGCUGCUAUCCUCAUCGGCGCUUUUGUCUCGGAGGAGGUCGCUGACAACACCCGUGAGAACCGCGCCGUUAGCCUUUUCGGCAUGGCGGUGUUUCUGUUCAUCCUCUGGGCUACGAGCAAGGAUCGCAAGCGCAUCAACUGGCGCACUGUCAUUGGCGGCAUGCUCACGCAGUAUGUCAUCGGUCUGUUUGUUCUGCGAACGACGGUUGGAUACGACAUUUUCCGCUUCAUCGCCGACCGCGCCGCUGAUCUUCUGGGCUUUGCUAAAGCUGGUGUUGCGUUCCUGACGAGCGAGGAUGUCGCCAACACGGGCAACUUCUUCUUCGGCGUCAUCCCCGCCAUCAUCUUCUUCAUCUCUCUUGUGCAGGUCCUCUACUACAUCGGUUUCGUCCAGUGGUUCAUCGUCAAGUUCGCUACCUUUGUCUUCUGGGGUCUCGGAGUCUCGGGCGCUGAGGCCGUCGUCGCUGCUGCUACACCCUUCAUCGGCCAGGGAGAGUCAGCUAUGCUUGUCCGCCCCUUCGUUCCUCACAUGACCAAGGCCGAGCUUCACCAGAUCAUGACCUGUGGUUUCGCUACAAUCUCCGGAUCCGUGCUUGUCGGCUACAUUGGUCUCGGUCUUAACCGUGAAGCUCUCGUGUCAUCCUGCAUCAUGUCCAUCCCCGCUUCUCUGGCCAUUUCCAAGAUGCGAUAUCCCGAGACUGAGGAGACUCUCACAGCUGGUCGUGUAGUCAUCCCUGAUGAUGAUGAGCACAAGGCUGAGAACGCCCUCCACGCCUUCGCCAACGGUGCUUGGCUCGGAAUCAAGAUCGCCGGUACCAUCGUCUGCUCUCUUCUCUGCAUUAUUGCUCUGGUCGCUUUCAUCAACGGUCUCUUGACCUGGUGGGGACGAUACCUCAACAUCAACGAUCCCACUCCUCUCACUCUCCAGCUCAUUCUCGGAUAUCUUCUCUUCCCCGUGUCUUUCCUCCUCGGUGUAUCCCGCACCAACGGAACCAACAGCACUGGUGACAUUCUCCCCGUCGCCAAGCUCAUUGCCGAGAAGAUCAUCACCAACGAGUACAAGGCCUUCUCCCUCCUCACAAACCCCUCCCCCGACAACAACGAAUUCUACGGCCUCUCCCCCCGCUCUCAGCUCAUCGCCACCUACGCCCUCUGCGGCUUCGGCAACAUUGGCUCUCUCGGUAUCCAGAUCGGUAUCCUCAGCCAGCUCGCCCCCUCUCGCGGUGGUGACGUUGCCAAGCUUGCUGUCUCGGCUCUCGUCUCUGGUGUUCUCGCCACUCUCACCUCUGCCAGUGUCGCUGGUCUCGUCGUCACCAACCAGCUCUCAAGUUUCGGCCAGAACGCUUCCUCAUAG